GAUUCUUCUUGGAAUGACCUAAAAGUGUAUGCAUUUCUCAAUAUAGUUCAUAUCUCAUUAGUUACAAAAUGAACCAACAAUGGUAAAGAUCAACCAUAUUCAAGGUAUAGAAAAUCUCAACUUACCUUUGUGGAUUAAAACAUGAUUCAAAUAGUUUCUACCUCCCUAUCAAUCAUGGAACUCGAGCAUAUGAUAUAAGACAUAUACAUUCAUAGAAGUGAGUGGCGGCGACGGUGAAGUUGGGCCAUUUUCAUUCCAAACAGUCGCCUCGUUUCUAUGGUUUUUAUCGUAUACACUGUGUGUUUCAACUUGGUAUUUUGAGGCGCAUGAUCAGGUCAUUUGGUUACCGCCUAAAGCUACCAUGUUCAUCUUUCAGAGCGCAUUACAACUAUUGUGCUACAAAAAGCAAUCUUUGUUAUCGCUUCUCUGCACAGGCUGCUCUGCCUCAGCAAUGGACGACGAGUAUCGGCGACCCACCGAGGCCAGAGUUCGAUUCUUAUUCCUAUGCUGCUCUGCUCCAAGACUGUAUCCAAAGCGGUGAUUUAAAUUUAGGAAAACUCAUUCAUUGUAAGAUUGUGAAAGAAGGUGGUUGUGUGGACUUGUUUGCUUUCAAUGUCCUUCUCAAUGCUUAUGUGAAACUUGGGUUGUUGUCCGAUGCCAGAAUGGUGUUCGAUGAAAUGCCCGAGAGAAAUACUGUUUCGUUUGUGACGCUAAUUCAUGGGUAUGCGCAGUCUAAUAAAUUCAUUGAGGCAUUUGAGUUGUUUGCUAGACUACACGGUGAAGGUCAUGAGCUCAAUCCGUUUGUUUUCACUACUGUUUUAAAGUUGCUUGUUAGUAUGGAAUGGGCAGAAUUGGGACGUAUUGUCCAUGGUUGUGUACUUAAAGUUGGGUAUGGUUCUAAUACUUUUAUUGGGACUGCUCUUAUCGAUGCUUACUCUGUUUCUGGCUGUGUUAGUAUGGCUAGAGAAGUAUUUGAUGAGAUUAGUUCUAAGGAUAUGGUAUCUUGGACUGGGAUGAUUGCUUCUUAUGCCGAAAAUGAUUGUUUCUCUGAAGCGUUGGAAUUCUUCUCACAGAUGAGGGUAGCUGGAUUCAAGCCAAAUAAUUUUACUUUUGCUGGUGUGCUUAAGGCCUGUCUUGGCCUGCAGAAUUUUGAUGCAGGGAAGACGGUUCAUUGUUCUGUUUUAAAAACAAAUUAUGAGCGAGAUCUUUAUGUAGGAGUUGGGCUACUUGAACUGUACACUAGGUGUGGUGAUAAUGAUGAUGCUUGGCGAGCAUUUGGGGAUAUGCCUAAAAACGAUGUGAUUCCAUGGAGUUUCAUGAUUUCAAGAUUUGCGCAAAGUGGUCAAUCUGAAAAGGCUUUGGAAAUUUUUUGUCAAAUGAGGAGAGCUUUUGUUAUACCCAAUCAAUUUACAUUUUCUAGUGUGCUCCAAGCUUCUGCAGACAUUGAGAGUUUAGAUUUGAGUAAAACAAUUCAUGGACAUGCACUUAAGGCCGGACUAUCUACUGAUGUGUUUGUAUCCAAUGCCCUUAUGGCUUGCUAUGCUAAGUGUGGGUGUAUUGAACAAUCUAUGGAACUAUUUGAGGCGUUAUCGGACAGAAAUGAUGUUUCUUGGAACACAAUUAUUGUAAGCUAUGUGCAGUUGGGUGACGGGGAGAGGGCAUUGAGUCUGUUUUCCAACAUGCUUAGAUACCAAGUGCAGGCAACUGAAGUGACUUACUCUAGCAUCCUCCGUGCUUGUGCUACUCUUGCUGCCUUAGAACUUGGACUUCAGGUUCAUUGCUUGACAGCUAAAACCAUCUAUGGCCAAGAUGUUGCGGUUGGUAAUGCUUUGAUAGAUAUGUAUGCCAAGUGUGGUAGCAUUAAAGAUGCUCGUUUUAUGUUUGACAUGUUGGAUCUACGAGACAAAGUUUCCUGGAAUGCUAUUAUCUGUGGAUAUUCUAUGCAUGGUCUAGGAGUGGAGGCAAUAAAAAUGUUUAAUCUUAUGAAAGAAACAAAGUGCAAACCGGACGAGUUGACUUUUGUUGGUGUCUUGUCAGCCUGUAGUAACACCGGCCGGUUAGAUGAAGGAAAACAGUAUUUUACUUCGAUGAAACAGGAUUAUGGGAUUGAACCAUGUAUGGAGCAUUAUACCUGUAUGGUGUGGCUUAUGGGGAGGUCAGGUAAUCUUGAUCAGGCCGUGAAGUUUAUUGAAGAUAUCCCUUUUGAGCCCAGUGUAAUGAUUUGGCGUGCUUUACUUGGGGCUUGUGUAAUUCACAAUGAUGUUGAAUUGGGAAGAAUUUCUGCUCAGCGCGUGCUUGAGUUGGAACCUCGAGAUGAAGCAAGCCAUGUAUUAUUGUCCAACAUCUAUGCAAGGGCGAGAAGGUGGGGUAAUGUGGCUUAUGUUAGAAAGCAUAUGAAAAGAAAAGGAGUAAAGAAGGAGCCUGGAUUAAGUUGGAUUGAGAACCAGGGUAAUGUUCAUUGUUUUACCGUGGCCGAUACUUCACAUGCUGACCUGAAGUUAAUCAAUGGGAUGCUUGAAUUUUUAAACAUGAAAACCAGGAAAGCAGGGUAUUCUCCUCAGCUUAAUGCCGUACUACUUGAUGUGGAAGAUGAUGAGAAGGAGCGUCUCCUUUGGUUACACAGUGAAAGAUUAGCCUUGGCUUUUGGGCUGGUUAGGAUGCCAGCUGGAUGCCCGAUUCGCAUAAUUAAAAAUCUCCGUAUUUGUGUUGAUUGCCAUUCUGUAAUUAAGUUAAUAUCGAAGAUUGUUGGGCGUGAUAUUAUUGUUAGAGACAUGAAUCGUUUUCAUCACUUUGAGAAUGGGUCAUGCUCUUGUGCUGACUACUGGUGACCAAAACUUACUUCAUUCACGUGGUGCAUUUAAAUUGAAUCACCUAAUAAGGAAUAACUUGCGAAAUUCAAGGUUGCCUAUAUAUGCUGGUAGUAAAAUAUUAAUAUAUGAGAACGAAGAUGACCAAAGCAAGGUGUGUAAUACGAGGCAAGAAACAGUGGAAUCAACGCAACCAACAUUCAAUUCAAAUAGACUUCAACUGUCAUUAAAUAAAGAAGACAAGAAUAAGGAGAAAGAGAACCAAAUUUAUAGGGUUCAACCAAUGAAGUCUAAAUUCACGGUGCAAGGUGGGCUUAAUCCUUUAUUAAUCACCUCACAAUGGCAAUAACAUACAUACUGCAAAAUGGUGAAGAAUGCCUAGCCAUCAAGCUCUCGCUAGAGCUCUCUUAUGGAAGGGAUCGAAGAAGAAGACAGCAUCCCCUCUCUCUUGCAUCCUCGAUUCUAAAACUCACACCAAACCCCACUCUCAAGACUUGCACAUAGGACACCGUGAAGGAGAGAGGACCAUGUGGGGGAAGCGUCCUUAACAAAUGUUGGACUUACUUUGGACUUUGUUCAACUAGUGUUUAAGAUACCUAUUGCACCAAUAAGUAAUCGAUUUGUAUACAACAAAUGUCAAGGUGAUCAAGUGUAGCCCGACAUGGACAUAGACAUGCUAGCUAAAUUAAGGUGUUUGUAUUUUUUAGCUUCCCACGGUACUUAAGUAAGGAAUCUUGAAUCUGUAUUUGGUGAUUAAACUCUAACUUGAAAGGGCUAAAAGAACUUUUAUAGAGUUUGCAACAACUAGAGACCUUUCGACUACUUAUCAAGAAAAUUUCGUUGUUGUAAUUAAUAAAUAGUCUUCCAGCAGCUGUAUCUUUGAAGAUUUCUAUUCUAACUAGGCCAAGAUUCUUCAUAUCAAAUUCUUUACUUAGUUCAACCAUUAGAUCAACUCAGAGUAUCUUUGAAGAUUUAUGCUAGUUCCUUGGUUAUAAGGUUAACAUGAUCAUAUCUAGUGUAGGUUAAUAACUAUUUACUAUCUAUCUAUUUUUAGUUGAAUCAUUAAUAGUCAAUUAAGUGUGGAUUCAAUCCUCAUCAUUUAACCAAUUGAGUUAUGCUCGGUUUGUUAUCAAAGUCAACGAUUAGAAUUAGCGUUCUAUGGAAAACCAGCUAAAGGGUAACUAAUGCCUCAACAUAUAAAGUGUCGACAUCAUAUAAUAUAAUAGGUUGGUGAACGAGUAAUUAUGUGUUUACAUUACCUAUAUACUUGUACGUGGCCAAAACUUUAUUGAGUUGUGUGGGAAUUGGGAAGGUUAAAAUGAUAAGAGUAGGAAACUAUCUUAUCAAUUGAAAGUGAUGUUUUCCCAUUCCAAUUACUAUGCAUUUGUUGAUAUUCGAGUAGAAGAAUUGACUACGGAAAUUACCUUUACAUCUUUUUUUAUUUUUAUUUUUGCAUAUGGUAUGUCAUGUUUGAUAUUGUGUUAAAAAACUACAGAGAAAAAAGACCCCAAGCUAGAGUACAUUUAAUAUACAGACACGUGUACGUACAUAUCGUAUGUAUAUGUAUUUGUUAAAUCAUAAUUCCAAACUAUAUAUUAUAUGUUUAUAUCUAAUAGAUUUCUAAACUAUAGGAAGUGUUUAGGGACAUUUUUAAAAUAACAAAAUUUCAAAUUCUAUCAAUGAUGUGAUAGACGUCGAUAGACUUCUAUCAGUGUCUAUUAGUGACAAUGUUUAUCAGUGUUUAUCAUUAUUAAUUUUACUUUCAAUCCAUCAACAUUAGUAUAAACUUCAACAAGUAAAUUGUUGUUUUUAAACAAUAUACAUUUUCGGAGUCUUCUUGUUAUACAACUCAAGAUUUGGUGGACAACUUCAAAGUGAAUUGAUCCUAGUAAGUGCACUAAUUGACAUACGUUUUGUUCAUUGCAAAAGUUCAUCAAGUAUGUUGUGAGACAAAUCUUUUUAGCACUAUCUAGACUCAUCCUUAAAAAUUGGGAUGCAAUAAUUGUGGCCAGAUGUUGGGGGCAACUUGACUAGUGAAGAAAUCAAAAGCUUUUAACUACUUUUCCAAAUCAUUCAAGGUAUUCUUGAUCUUGGAGAUUGUUUAAGCCUACAUUAGAAUUUUCUUUACCAGAGAUUAUGUUGUUCUUCAGGAGAUCAUCAAUUUCAACUAAACAGUACUUUCUUUCAAGGGUCACUGUUGAAAAAAGAUAUAUAUAUUUUUUAUACUGAUAUGGUGAAGGGACCCUUAGUUUGUUUUAUUUAAUAGUGUUUUGGUUCUUUGAUUGACACUUUGGCAAUACAUUUAUAUAUGUGCUAAGCCUUCACAUUAAUGAAAUGAGCAGAGUUUAUUUACAAUUGGUGUAAUAACUUAAAAUUACUGUAUGAAGAUGAUUAAUUUUAGCAA